CUUCGUCUCAAUUUUCUGACGUACCCGUAUGAUCAAAACAAAAAUGGCCGAAGGAGGGUCUGAUGGCGGUGACUGGUGGGGUGGAUGGCUUCAGGCUGCCAAAGACAAGACUGUUUCAGCUGUCGGAUUCCUCAAACAGGACUUGGCAGAGUUUGGAUGUGUGGUUCAUAAUGAGACCAAGGAUGUGGUGGCUAAAUCUGCCUCAGUGGUUAAAGAUAAAUUGGCAACUGAACAGCCAGGUUCUACCGGCAACAUGAUGAAAGAUGGGAUCACACAUUUCUUAGGAAAUAUACAGAAAGCUCUUUAUGUUCCUCCCGAUGAUGAUGGCGAGCAGAAACUGAAGAUAACUCCAACAGGAGUGAUAUAUGACAGGGCUCAGGCCAGAGUGUAUGCCAUACAGAUUGAUCCUGGUACAUACUGUCAGGAACCAGAGGGACCCCCAGAAAAAUAUAAGGAAUGGCUGGAAAAUUUUCAGUUGGAAGAAAAAAAGGGAGAAAUCUCAGAGCUGCUUGUGGCCAGGGUGGAAGUCCGGUCUUUAUACACUCAGUUGGUUCCCUCAGAGAUUUCCCAUGCUGAUUUCUGGCGCAGGUACUUCUACAAGCUGCAUCAGCUGGAAGAGGAUGAGAUCAGAAAGAAGGACUUGAUGAAGAGAGCAGAGACUGCUGGGGAUGAGGAUGACUUGGGCUGGGAUGAUGAUUGGGAGGAAGUAGAGGAAUUCUCAACAAGAAAUAUGUCACCAGACAAAGAAAGGUCACCAGCAUUACCAGAAAAAAUCACUGCUGUUAAGGGAGAUGCAGCAGCAUCUGCUUCCAUGCCCUCACAAAAUGUUCUGCAAACUGAUGAUGAAAAAAUGCAAGCAGUUACAGCACCAAAACAAAUUGGAAAACAAGUCUCAGCUAAGACUGGUGACAUUUCCUCAAAAGAGACUGACCUAGGAGAUGGGCCUGAAAUUAAGUCUGGAGAACAACCAGCAGCAAUGGCAGUGUUUAGUAUGUUUACUCAGUCUAUGGGCAAGCUGAAAGACACUGUGAUGAAGACGCUGGAGGGGGAGCAAGAAUGGAGUUCUUCGGGUGAAGAGGAAGAGGAAAUACAAACCUCACAAGAACAGCAAAAAGAUGCUGCUACAUUCCAACAAACAAAUGUCAGUCUUGCCAAGAAAAAAGGUGAAAUUAAAUCAACUGAAAGAAAAACUAAAGCAGAAACUGAGAAACUAUCUUCUUCCGCACCAGCUGAGGUAAAACAAAACACAGUAGAUGAGAACAAAAAAGCUGAAAAAUCUGAAAGAUUAAGGUUACAGAAAGAAAAGGAAGCUGCAGAAAUAGUGAAGCAGCAGCAGGAAAAAGAAGCAGCAGAAAUAGUUCGGCUGCAACUAGAAAAAGAAAAGUCCGAAAGACUAAGACAACAAAAGGAAGAGGAAGCUGAGAACCUGAAGCAACAGAAAGAAAAAGAAGAAGCAGAAAGGCUGAGGCAACAGAAAGAAAAAGAAGAAAGGCUGAGGCAACAGAAAGAAAAAGAAGAAGCAGAAAGGUUGAGGCAACAGAAAGAAAAAGAAGAAGCUGAAAGGCUGAGGCAACAGAAAGAAAAAGAAGAAGCAGAAAGGCUGAGGCAACAGAAAGAAAAAGAAGAAGAAGAAAGGCUGAGGCAACAGAAAGAAAAAGAAGAAACAGAAAGGCUGAGGCUACAGAAAGAAGAAGAAGAAGCAGAAAGGCUGAGGCAACAGAGAGAAAAAGAAGAAGAAGAAAGGCUGAGGCAACAGAAAGAAAAAGAAGAAACAGAAAGAUUGCGGCAACAAAAGGAGAAGGAGGAAGCAGAAAGAUUGCGGCUACAAAAGGAAAAGGAAGAAGCUGAAAGACUGAAGCAACAGAAAGAAAAAGAAGAAGCAGAAAGAUUGCGGCAACAAAAGGAGAAGGAGGAAGCAGAAAGGUUGCGGCUACAAAAGAAAGAGGAAGAAGCUGAAAGACAGAAAGAGAAAGAAGAAGUGGAGAGGUUACGUAAAGAAAAGGAGGCUGAAAUCUUGAGGCAGCGGAAAGAAAAGGAGGAAGCUGAAUUAGCAGAAAAGCAGCGUAAAGAAAAAGAAGACGCAGAUCGAUUGGCUUUAGCUGUUACUACUGGAGAUGAAAAGACAUCAGCUGACAAAGCUGCUGCUGACACCACAUCACCUGAGACUAGUGAUGAAGACAUACAAGGACAGAAAGACAUCCAGACUAAAGAAAAGGGAGAUCUGGUUAUGGUUGGGUCUAACAGGACAACACCCACAUCUGAGGAAAGCAAUAAUAAGGAACUGAGCAGUCUGGAAGAUGACUGGGAGAAAGAUUUUGACAUUGAGGUAACAGAAGAAGACCUGCAGCUGGCUGCAGAGGCCGCUAAAAAAAUUGGUGCUACAGAAGGAACAGGGGACCAGGAUGAUGAUAUUGGUGAUGACUGGGAAGACUGGGAAUAAAAUCACCAGAUCCAUACUGUACUAGAAAUAGAGGGCAAACAUUUCAUUCAUUGAAAUCUAUCAACUAUUAAGAUCAACACAAUUGUAUGACUGCCGUAUGAUAAACUGACAUCUACCUACAGUUAAGGUUGAUGAAGGACCAGAUAUAUAGGCCAUGUAUCACAGAACAAUAGUUUGUACUGGUAGAUUAUCAGUUGUUGUUUAAAAUUAUGUUUUAAAUAUUCAGCUUGAUAAACUGCCACUUUUGCAAGUGCUUGAUUACUUUAAGAGCAAACCUUUUGCAUAAGUGAAAGGAUGUUUUGUAUAUAUGAGUAUAUCACACAAGAUUCUUCAAACCACUACUAAAAAAAA